AAAAGGGUGCCAAGUGACGGCGCCUACCGGACGACUAUUAAGAGCAUCAAACGGCCGCCGUUUCUCCAUCGCCGGGCACCGUCGCCGACUCGAACUGCUACAUAGGCAGGGACCACAUCGCCGAGCAAACUAUACCGCCAUGGAGCGCUCGGCCAUGGAAGGCAUCUCCGAGCGCCUCGCUUCCCUCGACGGCCUCUACUUCCCUGGCGCCAUGCACCGGGAGACCCCCGAUCCGGCUCAACGCAAGUCCUCCCUCCUCGACCUCCUCUCUCGCGAUGCCUCUAUCUUCCUCGAGCGGUACGGCGCCGAGCUCACGCCCGAUGAGAUCCUCGAGUUCGACAAGUUGAAGCAGGAUUACGAGGUGGAGUGGCACCUCGACCGCCUCCGUCGCCAUCGGAGCCCCUCUGCGGAGGACGCACGGGCGAAGUCGGUAGCGGUCAAGAACCGCCGGAGGGCCUACAUGGAACGGCUGAUCAAGGGUGGGGAGUACUUCUCCGAGGAUGCGAUGAGGGAGCGGGAACCUUAUCUUCACCACGAGUACUUGGGCAAGUUUCAGGACCCUGCUGGGAGGAGCCUCUCCAGGCCUGGUGAGCGCUGGUCUGAGACGUUGAUGAGGCGAUGUGAGGAAGCUAUGCUGGUGGAGAAGAUCAGAGGGGAGCAGCAGAGAUUAGGGGUUGACGAGAAUGAAUGGGUUGGCGGUGGAGGAAAAGAGGAAGAAGUAUCUGAGGAAGAAGAAGAGGAAGAAGAGGAAGAAGAGGAGGAGGAGGAGGAAGAAGAAGAAGAUAUGGAUGAUGUUGAUGAUAUGGUUAGACAAGAACAUAAAGACGUAGCAUUCGAGGAAUGUGAAAGUAAAUCAAAUUCUUCAAAGAAAAAUGUUGAUGAUGGCGAACAUGAUAUGGUUGAGGUGGAAAAGAGAUUUGGAGAGCUUGAGGACGGCAAACACAAAUCGACUUCACCAAAGAUGGUUAACCAUAAUUCCUCCUGUGGCCCUUCUUCAUCGACAGUUGGAUGCCCCUUUGAGCAAACACUAUCUGCAGAAGAGAUGCAAGAUCAACUGGAUCAGUUCACACUCAAAAUGCAGCAGAAGUUCCUGGCCGGAGAAGACUCAGCUUAUCUCGAUUACUCCAUGAUAGACAAUGACGAGAGGCUGGACGACCAUUGGUUCAAGGAAGCUAAUUACGAUGCCGAAGAGAAAUACUUUGAGGAUGAUUAAGUGUACCUUCCUCCAUGUACACUCAUGCUAUGUAGUUAUUGACAUUAGUUAAUAUUUCUGGAUGAACCAAUGCCUAAA